AUGGAUUUCAUCCCUGAGCCUAAGCUUCCCUACGCCCUGAAUGCCUUGGAGCCACACAUCAGCGCUGAGACGCUCAAAUUCCAUCAUGGCAAGCACCACAUGGCCUACUACAACAAGACCAAGGAGCUGACUCAAGGCAAGACCCCGGUCACACUAGAGGAGCUGGUGGCGACUGCCGAAGGUGGUUUGUACGAUCAAGCUGCGCAGCUAUGGAACCACGGCUUUUAUUGGCAGUGCCUCGGCUCGAACCCCGACAGCAAGGACGUGAGGAAGCCCACAGGACCGAUCGCGGACUUGAUCAACUCCUCUUUCGGCUCAUUCGAUGCCUUCAAAGAAAAGUUCGACACCAUGGCCAAGGGCGCCUUCGGAAGCGGCUGGGUUUGGCUCGUUAAGAAGGGCGACAAACUCGAGCUCAUGGAAGGCCACGACGGCGAUUGCCCACUCAAGGGCGACCGCGGUCGACCCCUGCUUACCAUCGACCUCUGGGAGCACGCCUACUACAUCGACUACAAAAACUCCAGACCCGAUUACAUCACAGCGUACUGGAGCCUCGUCAACUGGGACUUCGUCAACCAACAACUAGGCGCCAAAACCUACAGCUACCAAAAGGCAAACUAA